CACGAACCUCCAUCUCUAGUCCGUGCCAUACCGUUGCGACUCUCCGUCAACCUCUUCUUUUCGCGCUCCCUCCGUGGCCCCUGCAAAUCAUCGAGCGCUUUCCCGGCGGUACCUGAACCCGCCUGCGUCGCCUGUGUUCUGCACAGCAUUGGCUAGGUCCGGCAGCUCGCAUGAGCCCUGGACGCCCCGCCCCGCCGUCAUCUCCAUCUGCGACGAGGUGUGCCGACCGUACAAACUAGCAUCCGCCCAGAUCUUCUCUCAGCUUGCCCACCCCCGAAGGCACAAGGCGCGAAACACGCCCCAUUCUCCAUCCCCAUCGCCUCCUGCUAGACGCCCUCCUGGACGCCAUCGCCGAAUCGACGCCCAACCACGCGCUCAUCGUCGCCCUCAAUGUCCACGCCCUACUGGGGCCAGCUGCCGGGGCCCAAGGUCGCCCAGGCCACGCAUUCUAGCCAUCACCGCCGCAGGUCUGAGUCGGAUGACUACACCUAUAAUGCUGACCGCAGAUCCUCGCUCGACGUCCCGCCUGUUCGUAGAGCUAAUCGUGCUUCUGUUCAAACUCAGGCUACUGAGGCGCACUCCGAGUCUACCUUUAGUCCUCUCGACUCGCCCACAUCUGCUAGCUUCGGUGCUCAAGGCCUAGCACCUAGACCGCCUUCCUACCAACGUGGAGCUCCUCGCGACCCGGCCUCAGAACCUUCCGACUUCAGAAAAACCCGUCGUCCUAAUCGCAACCAGGAAGACUUUGACGACGUCGACCCGUCCUUCCCCGAGGCUCCCGAGGCUUCUCGAGGUCCCCCAGUGAGCUACCGUCACCCAUACGGCAACGGCGGCCUUCCCUAUACCCACGCCGCGGCCGACGCACCAGCAGAGUCUUCUCAAUUGGCCGACCCUGCCCCCUUUGAGGGCGAAUACGACGACAUGGAGCCCGAAGAAUAUUACAAGAGCUCUACCGGUAGGGCCGGGGGCUCACAGUACCCCGGGGGAGCUCCUGGCCAGACUGCCAGACAAGACUCCAGCGCCUCCGCAUAUGACAACCCGCCGCUGUCCAGAAGGGCAACGACUGGGACAUCAAAUCGCCGAAAAACGUUCGCAGACGACCGAUCACCCCUCCAAAGGCUUGAGCUGACGCUCGAUAGCAUCACCAAGGAGGAGAAGCGAGCAAGAGUUGAAGCUGCCGAACAGCGUGCAAGAGAAAGAGCGGCUCGAAGGGCCGAAGAGGCUGGACACAAACCCGUCGACCACCAAGUACGAUUUGACCGACAACCUUCCAUCAGUCAUGAGAGGCAGUCCUUGGCUCCCGCUCCGCUAGCUGUUAGGCAACCUCCGGUGCAGAGAGAAGUAUCCAGAGAAGCUCCCCGAGAGGUGCCGAGAGACGUACCUCGAAAAGCAACCAGAGAAGUGGUGAGGGAGGCACCGAGAGAUGCCCCAAUCCAGCGCGACAACUCGACUCGUCGUCAUGGCCCGCUCUCUCAACAUCCACCAGAAGACCAGGACUACUUUGGCUCAGGAGCGCUACAGGAACCAGAAGACGUCGUGCCCGUUCAAAGACACUUGGAAGCGGAUUCUGGAAUUCCAAAGCGCAACCUGAGCUUCCGUGAACGUGCCGUUAGAGAUAAUGUGCAGUUCGCCCAGCCGGAGGAGCCCAAGACAGCGCCGCCGCCUCCGCCCAAUGGAGGCUUCUCUCUUACGAGGAGCGGCAGCAAUAAGUUGAAGAAAGCACCUCCAGGAGAUCCUUGGUAUCAUCUGAAAAGAGACCUGGCCGCGAGCUCAAGUAAUCAAUCACAAGAACAGCCGCGCCGCGAAUCACGAGACUACCCGCCAUCUGCCCGAGAUAAAGAUCUUUCCGCUGCCCCAUCCGACGGUCGCAGGCCAUCCGUUGAUGCUGGCAGCCGAGGCGCCCAAAUACCAAAGAUGGCCGACAGCCAGGGCAUUAGACGACGUGCCACCGAACCAGUUCCAAGGGCAGAGUACGCCUCUGACGAAGAGUAUAUCCCACCAGCCGCACGCGGUAAAUCAUUUGGGAAGGCAGAGCAAGAUGACCGCGCUUACCCACAGGAUGCGGCAGCUGGCCGAAGGCGUGCGGAGAGAGCAGAUAGCUUCUCUUCUGAUGGUUCGCAUCAUCACCGCUUCUCCAACAUGGUAUUUAAGCGUCGCGAAGAUAUGAUCCCAGGCAAUGGUUUGUAUAAGCCGCCUCAAUGGCUUGAUGAGUGGAAGAAGGCAACCGUCGGCACCUUGGCUGGUAGCUUGCUGGACCUCCAGGAGAGUCCGAAAGAGAGCAACUCCCCUCCUACAGAUUCCAACAAAGCCUGGUGGGAGCAAGACGGUCGCCGUGGUAGUUACCCUUCCCGACCACGCAAGGCAGAGGCAUUCGAUGGCGAAUACAGCGAAAAUACCCCUACUCGAUUUAAGCCUCCGCUGUAUCUGAAGUGCGGUCCGUUGUUAAGAUACUGUGGUAUCCGAAGAGAAAAGGCACCCGUUCGAUCACCACGAGGCAACGCCAUCUCAGAGCGAGAGGUUUGGAGAGGCAGUGUCAUGAUUGUUACUCAGGACUCAGGCUCUUCCUACGAAAUAGCCCCUACGCUUCGACUCUUUGUCCAAGGUAUUGAGUUGUUGCCCCCUCCCCCGCACCGCGUAAAGGGGGACCUCUCUCCAGAAUAUGUUGACCCCAUUGUGGGCCACCCGAAACUCGGUCGACGGGGAGAGACUCUUUACGUUCGACCCGUGGAGCACCUGGAAGAGGCAAAGGACUUGUCUCGUGACGAGACAGACGAGGGCAUCUUUGAGGAGAGCCGGAGCCCACCAGAUGUCCCACCCGCUGAUGGCUCAACGGAACUUCCGGGAUCAUUCGCCGGCCGCAGGAAGCGAGUUGGCAUUGACGGCGAGAAGGUCCAGAAGUACAAGGAAGUCAGAGGCUUCCGUCUCCAUACCGAGCGAGGAUGCACGUUCUGGCGUUUCAACAUUGAGGUUGAGCUGCGCGAGAAGCAGCAGCGCAUCGCCUACCGCAUUAACCGUGGCCCGGCCAAUGGGUUCUGGGUGCCCGCUGGGGGACAGACGAUGAACAUGAUGUUCUACAGCUGCAACGGCUUCAGCACGAGUGUCAAGACUGAUGAGUUGAGCGGCCCUGAUCCCAUGUGGCGCGACGUCCUGAACAACCACCAAACCAACCCCUUCCAUCUCAUGAUAGGUGGCGGUGACCAGAUCUACAAUGACUGUGUCGCGAACGAUUGCUCUCUGUUCCAAGAGUGGUUGUCAAUCCGUAACCCUGUUCACAAACAUACUGCUGCCCUCACGCCUGAGAUGCAAGACCAGCUAGAGACAUUCUACCUGGAGCGCUAUUGCAUGUGGUUUUCUCAGGGUCUCUUUGGCUUGGCCAACUCGCAGAUCCCCAUGGUGAACAUGUACGAUGACCACGACAUCUUUGAUGGGUAUGGAUCGUACCCUCACCACGACAUGAACUCACCCGUCUUCCGUGGCUUGGGUGCGGUGGCCUUCAAGUACUACAUGUUGUUCCAGCAGCAAACGAUUCUGGAUGAGACGGAAAAGGCCGAGCCGAGCUGGAUUAUGGGAGCCAAACCUGGUCCCUACAUUGGCGAGCUUGGCCGCAGCAUAUUUGUGUCUGUGGGUGCCAAGGCUGCCCUGGUUGCAGUCGACGCCCGCAUGGAGAGGACUGAGCACGAUGUUGUCUCAGAUCAGACAUGGGAGAAAAUCAUGAACAGACUCUAUGCGGAGUUGCGGCGUGGCCAAGUUGAACACUUGCUGGUGCUCCUGGGUGUCCCGAUUGCGUACCCGAGAUUGGUCUGGCUAGAGAAUAUUUUGACUUCUAGACUCAUGAACCCCGUUAAAGCUCUGGGCAGAACGGGCGUCUUUGGAAAGGCGCUUAACAACAUCGACGGUGGUGUGGAAGUUUUGGAUGACUUGAACGACCACUGGACAGCCAAGAACCACAAACAGGAGCGGAGUGUUGUGGUUGAGGACCUUCAAGAUCUUGCUAUCGACAAGUCGGUCCGUGUCACAAUUCUCAGCGGUGACGUGCAUCUGGCUGCUGUUGGACAGUUCUACUCCAACCCCAAGCUGGGACUGGCAAAGCAUAGGGAUCCACGGUACAUGCCAAAUGUCAUCUCGUCGGCCAUUGCAAACACACCGCCACCGGACCUCAUGGCCGAUGUGCUGAACAAGCGGAACAAGGUGCACCACUUCGACAAGCAAACGGACGAGGACAUGAUUCCCAUGUUCCAACAAGGUGUCGACGGCAAACCCAGGAAUAACAAGCAUCUUCUGCCGCAUCGCAACUGGUGCUCCAUCCGCGAAUGGGCCCCUGGCAACACACCGCCGCCAACCCCGCCAUUAUCAGCUUAUGACAGAACCCCGAGCCCACCGCAAAGCAGCAGCGGGGGAGGCGGUGGCCUCUUUCGGAGACUUUCCCUGUCGAAGAACCGGCCGUCUGCAGAGCCUCAGCCUGAGCAGUCCAGAGAGUCGGUCCGGGGCUCCCGGCCACCUGUUACGCGGGGCGCCGGUGGGCUGUUCCGUAGCUUGUCACGCCGGAACUCGACCAGCAAAGAGAAGCCCAACAAAGAGAAGCCGGCCAAGCUUACCCGGUCCAUGUCAGUCGACCACGGCGACGCACCCAAGAAGGUCGGUUUCUUCAGCUUCGGCCGUCGCAGCAGUCAACGUCGGGCUGACGAACGCCCCGACGAUGGUGGUAUCAAUGGCACCUGGGGAGACGAGCCCGAUUACGAAGAAGAAUACUGGGACGAACCUCCAUCUCCUCGGCGACAGCGCGGGUCAGGACUUCGUGGCGGCGCGGCUUAUGACGAGUACACGGUGGGCGACGAUUCGCACUUCAUGGCCCAGCCCCCACGAAGAGCGCAGACCACAGGCUCCCAAGGAAUGGGUGGAGCAAGGGUUGACAUUGAAGCACCUCCAACACGGCCGUUCCACCGGACGCCGACCGGGUUGUCGACAAAGCAAAAGAAGCACGGCGACAAGUAUGAAGUGGACCUUGAGGGUGGGCUUGACAUUUGCCUAAACGUCGAAGUAAAUCCCAAGGAUCCGGCGGGUAUUACGGUACCUUAUCGGCUACUGGUACCGAAACUGCUGUACGAGUACAGCCCAGAGGUGGAUGAUAUCCCCAUCCCGGAGGCAGAACCACGGGCGUCAGCGGAGCCGAGUGGCUUCAAGCGUUUGUUGAGCUUCCGCAAGAAGCCCGAGAAGGUGCGGCCUCGAGAUGAAGAAGAGUACGAUAGCGAGGAGGAUGAUGAUCAUUACCAGCGCUAAGGAGAUGACGCUUCAGAAAGACAAACAAAGAGGGAGAUCUCUUUGUGGUGUCUCACGCGGGGUCUCAGUGACACGUAUGAAGGACUCUAAUGAGAUUGUCGCGACGAUUACGAAUUAGGUUUCUGAAUUUGCUUUUUGGAUGUAAGGGUCGGGACUGUAUAUAUGACGGCCAAAGGUUAGAUUGAUUGACAUUUCAAGGCGCAGUUGGGAGGUAACAUGGGAGGGAUAUUUAGCAAAAGCACUCUGACAACGGUUGUCGGAUUGGAUUACGAGCCACAAAGAGACACGAUUGGAUUGUUCAAA